AUGUUUUCAUAUUAUUUUGAACAAAAUAAAAAUUCUCAAUUUAUUCAUAUUUUUAAUGAUUAUCAAUUGAAUAAUAAAACUUUAUUUUCAUCAUUAAUUAUCAUUAUGUUAAUAACAUGGAGUAUAUUCUAUGUAAUUAUUCCUAAUACUACUAGUAAUACUACUACUACUAAUAAUAAUGGAAUAGAUCCAUUCAAUACAAAUAACCCUUUGGAAAAGAAAAUUCACAUUGUGAUCUUAUUUGAUGGUGAUCGAGGUCUACAAUACUUGAAUAGUCUUCUGAAAUCUAUUUUCUAUCAUCAAAAUGGAAGAUUUCGAUGUGAUUUAAACGCUUGUUGUCAUUCAAACUUUUGUGAUCGGUUUAUGAAUGAUUGUCAAACUGUUAUGAACAAUGUGUCAACAACAUAUACAACUGUAUUUCAUUUCUUAUUAACGUCGAUUUCAUUAAAUAGUCAGUUGUUGAAUUUGAUGAAUACAUGGAAAUUACAUAAUAUGGAAUAUCAUUUCUACAGUUGUGGUAAUCAACUGACAGAUAUUUGGUGGAUUCAAUCUAGGCAUCCUUCAGGCGCGAAACCAUUUUUAAAAUUGAUGAUUACAGAAAUUCUUCCAUCUACAAUCAAUAAAGUAAUUGUAUUGGAUGUUGAUAUACUACUUAAUACAGAUAUUAUUGAAUUGUGGAAUCAUUUUGAUUAUUUUAAAGAAACUCAGAGCAUAGGUAUUGGAUUAGAACAAAAUCCAUAUUUUCAAGAAGUUAUGACCAAAUUAGAAAGCAACUGGAAAGGUUACGGAUAUAAUAACGGUAUUCUGUUACUUUAUCUGUCUAAAUUACGAUCAACCAAUUGGAAUCAUCUAUGGUUGAGCAUAACUAGAAGAGCUAUUAAACGUCAAGGUUACUUAAUCACUGGUGAACAGGAUAUUUUAAACUUAAUAUUAUUUGAAUUCAAAUACAUUUUAUAUGAGAUUCCAUGUGAAUGGAAUAUUCAAUUAAGUGCAGGAAGUGAUGAACAACGAUGUCCUGUAAGUUGGUUAACUUAUACAGAAUUGAAAAAGCGUAAUUAUACAACAAUUGUUAAACAACCAAAACUUAUUCAUAUUAAUCAUCAUAUAAAACCAGAUGAUAUAAAUGUGAAUUAUACACCGACUGAGUACAUUGAUCAAUCAGAUAUCAUUCUUAAACAGUGGGAACUAUAUGAUAAAUUUGUGUCAGUUUACCGUCAAUAUACUCAAUUACAUGAAUCAUGUUUCCGAUAG